AUGGCCUAUUUGCGCAAUGUGCCUUCUGCUAGUGUGUCUCCUCCUUCUGGAUGGACUCCAGAAAUAAAGUAUAUUGAUAAACUGUUUUGGUCACCUCAAGUGCCUUCUGAUCUCAAAGAAUUAUUUCAGCCUUCAAAGCCUAUAGAUCGUGAUGUCCAGUUUAUAAAUCAAAACGUUCACCUGACAGGUACAUUUCCAAGCACCAAAGAACAACGCAAGAAUGUCAAGAUCAAAAAGAUAACAGAUCCAAAGCAUCCCUGUUGUGGUGCAUAUGGUUUAUUUGCUGCUCAAACUCUGCAGCCAAAGCAGCUGAUCAUCGAUUACCUUGGUGUUGUUGAAUACCAAGACGGAUACGAAGCUACAUCUGAUUAUGUACUUAAAUAUGGUGUUGAUCUGUCUAUCGAUGCAGGACGAUGUGGCAAUGAAGCCAGAUUCUGUAAUGAUUUCCGAGGCUGUGGACCAGAGCCAAAUGUAUGUUUUAUGAAUUAUAUGGAUGAGAAUACAAAGCAUAUCAAAGUGGGGAUCUUUGUUAAUGGAAAUCGAAAGAUUAAAAAGGGAGACGAACUGCUUGUAACCUACGGCAAGUCCUUUUGGGCUAAACGAGGUAUAGAUAUGAGCCAUCAACUUCAUAAAUCAAGUUAA